AUGACAUCUCUGACAUCUUCCAGCCGUAGAUCCUCCUCAUCCUAUCGGACUUCAUCAUGUUACAGCACCUCCAGCUCCUACCGAUCCGAGGGCUCACUGGGCAGAUCAGCUGACUCUCUGGACCCCCUCUUUGAGCCGUUUCUUGACUCUGCCGAUCAUCCGGGUCUGUUUGGAGAAGAGGGCUCUGGGGGACCCAGCUGUUUGCCCCCCUUCAGCAGGCACAGCAGAUCCUCCUAUGGACACACUGGGUCCAUAGAUGGUGCCGUGACAGGCUGGCAGAGCACCACCAGUGCCAGAUUCCGUUGUCUGGGAGACAGCUACUACAUGUCUGCUAAUGUCAGCCAGUUUGAGCCUCAUGACAUAGUAGUGAUGGCGUAUAACCACCAUGUUGUCAUUCACGCCCAGAAGGUGCUGGAUGAUGGAAGCAUCAGCGACACAUUCACCCAUAAGUCUUUGUUCCCGGAGGAUAUGGAUCCUCUGUCAGUCAGUGGGACCCUUAACCCUGAUGGUACCCUGGUGGUAAGCGUUCGUCGAACUGCAACACUGGGUGGUCUGGAGUCUCUAGAGGUCCCUACCUCUUGCAGUGAAGCUCAUCUUUGACUUGUGGCCUCACCAAGCUUUGCACUGUAUGGCAGCUUAUACUGUUUUAAUGUUAUUACUUUAUUAUAGUGUUGUCAGUGUGGUGCAAGCCAAUUAAAAUGUAAACAAGUCUGUGAAUGACAGACUUUUGUUCUCCAAGUCAGUCCUGUCCAGCAAACAGUUUGAUCCAGAGUACCAUGAGAUUUAAUAAGAAUAUAUUUAUAAUAUAUUAUAUUUACA